GAGGAGGAGGAGGAGGAAGCGGCGGAGGAGGAGGAGCAGAGGAAGCCCCCCGAAGGGCGCCCUGCUCCUCAGAGCCUUUCCCGCCCAGCCGGGCCCCCACUCCCGUUCGCUCACUGUCCUUGGGAGAGUCUCUCUCUCAGUCUCUCUCUUUCUCGCCCCCUCCCCAGAAAGCCCCUUCCUUCCUUCGCAGUUGUAAAGAGCGAGGGGUGCCGCUCUUACUCCUGCCCGCCUGGCUCUCGCUCUUUCUCUCUCCGGCGGGGGCCACUCUCGCCAUCCUCCUCCCGCUCCCCACAACACCCCCCACACUCCGCCUCUCUCUUUUGGCAGCGCCAGGACGUCCGGCGGGGAGUAAGUUGUGCGGCGAGGAAGAAGAAGAGGAAGAAGAGGUGGGCUGGGAGGGCAGCAGCGGAGGAGGCGAAGCCGAGGAGGAGGAGGAGGAGGAGGAGGGCAGCCCGAGAGACAGACGAGUGCGAGCGGGGGACGGAGAGACGGAGCAGGAGGCAGGCACCAUGAACACGCGAGGCGAAGGAGCCGGCAAGCCCUCCACCUCAUCCGAGCCCGCCGCCCAGGAGCAACCUGACGCCACAGAGCCGCCCAAGCGGGGCCGAGGCAGACCCAGGAAGCAGCCCCAAGAACCAACAGGAGAGCCAUCUCCUAAAAGACCAAGAGGACGACCUAAAGGAAGCAAAAACAAGAGUCCAUCUAAAGCAGCUCAAAAGAAAGCAGAAGCCACUGGAGAAAAACGACCAAGAGGCCGGCCUAGGAAAUGGCCACAGCAGGUGGUCCAGAAGAAGCCAACUCAGGAACAGACUGGAGAUACAUCCUCACAAGAAUCUGCAGAAGAUGAUUAGAAGACCAUACUUUGCAAUUUCUACCUCAUCAGCAGUUGGGUCUUUUGAAGGGAGAAGACACUGCAUUGACCACUUGCUUCUGUUGCCACAAUCUUUCUACUUUGGCCUGGGUGGGGAAGGGAGGGGAGGGACAUCUCAGAACCUUAAAAAGGACUUAUUAAUCACCUUUGUUGUAAUCCCUUCACGGUCCGGCUUUAGUCAAAACUGCUGUAACAAGGGGGACACAGAUUAAUGGCGCAACAUUUAAUUACUGUUUUCUCUUAUUUUUCUUUAACCUACUAAUAGUUUUGUUUGAGCUGCUAAGUCAGGGCGAAUGGGUCAGUACAUCUCUGAACCAGGUUUUAAGUCACUCACUGCACUGCGUAUAAAUAAGACUUUUGUAAAAUAUUAAUUAUAAUGGGCAUUCAAAUAGAAAGGCCUUGGUGUUUGACACCAACCCUUACAACACCUCUGAAAACCCACUCCCUAGCUUAGUAAACUCCCUGUUUAGGACACCAAAGAUAAGGAAUAGAUACUACUCUUUUAUAGCCUUGUUCUAGUUUUGUGGCUGAUUUUUUUUUAAUUACUGUCAUUUCAAGAUACAUUGAAGGCUGGUUAUUUUCUCCAUCUUAUUCAGCUGAUAAUCGGGAAACAAACACCACAAGAAAAGGGUACUUUGCCAAAAAAAGAAGAAGAAAGAAAGAAAGAAAAAGGGAAAAUGACAAAGAUACAUUGUAUAUUAACUGAUACACAUAUAUCUGCAGAAGUAGUACGAAAUAGAACUCAACAGCACACCUCUCUGGGAACAGAUUCAUGUCCUCUCAGGUUAGAAUAUGCUUUCUAGAGAGCUUCACGUUGUUUAGAAGUGACUAACAUCAGACAUUCUCUCCUGUUAGAGAUUUAGCAACUAACAUUUGGAUUCUUCCAUGAACUUGAUACCUCAGAACUAUUCUAUAUCACAGUCAUGCUGGAACCAAGGGAAAAGACUCAAGUCUCAGUUUGACUUCAUCGAAUACUUUCAGACCAUUUCAUUGUUUCCAGAGGAGUGGAUCUCUCUCUUCUUCACUCACACAUCUCAAAGCAAGAGCCAACAUCAUGUACCUCAAGUGAGCUUGUUAUAACAUUUAAGCAAUACAUUUUAAUAUAGGAUGGUUUUCUGGGCAGCUGUAUCCCAGUUACAUGUCUCCAACAUUUUCACUCAAAGCAGCACUUUUAGCAACAAAUGCAAUAUCCUCCACUUUUCAAUACUACCUCUGAUAUUUACAUGUAAAUCAGCAGUCAUAUAAACAUUUGCUGCUAUAAUCAUACAAUGCAGAAAAUUAUUUGUGGGUAGGAAAUCAUUAAUUGCUGCAUUUCCCCCUUAUUUCUAUUUUUGUCACCUAAUUGCAGUUAAGGACACAAUACCUUUAGUGUUUUUCAUCAUAACUAUGUAUUUCUUUUUAAAAAUGUACUAUACCUUUUCUCUGCUAAAUUUCUAUGUAAUGUACCAUUAACUUGAAUAUAUUUUUGUACUGAAUUGCUCAUAAGGUUUGUAAGGAUAAUUUUUUUCAGUGACACUACAUAACAAAAAAUAAUGAACUGCAAUGUUUAAAUAUUACUGUCCAAGUUUGUACCUCAGCUGAAUUUUUUUUAAAAAAAGAAAUGGACUAGAUGAUUGACAAAGACCUACCUCCAGACUAUAAAUGGAAUGAACUUGUUUCUUUCAGCAUUAAUUUUUGAGAAGAUCGAAACAUUUAGGACUGCAAAAAAAAGAAAAGAAUCCCUUUUAAAACUAUUUUUAUAAAAUAAUUUUUGUGAACACAUGACUAUGGUAUUAAAAAGAACCUUUCAAAGAAACGUGAAUCUUUGUAGGUGAGAGGCAACAAGCUCAGCUUUUUGCAUAAUGCAAUCACCAAUAUUUGUGUGUGUUUAAAAAAACUAGUAGAUUGUUUGAGAAUACUUGUCAAGUAUUUUCAUUUAUUUUUCACAAAUGUGAUUUUUUUUGUAAUAUGUGGCAACCAGAUUUAUUUUAAAUAAUUCUUAUGUACUCCGUCUCUUUCUUCCCUUUUCCCUGCUUCCAUCUCUCUGUCUCACACACCACCAAUAUGUCUCCAUCUUAACAUUGUCUUAUUGUAUGGGCCAGGGGUAGUUUCUCAGGAAUGCUUUCUUCCAUAUGCCUUUUAGUACUUAGCCAGAUUCAACUACCGAAAACUACUGGCUGCUUCACAAGAAGGAAUAUGAAGAUGUGAGCACCUCCCCAAAUAACAAGAGUACAUCUUGUUGAGGAUUGCUGCAAAAAUCAUUAAAGAAGUGCAACUUAGAUAUCUUAAUGUUACCUAACUUGUGAAUACUUGUACGUCUGGGCUUUAGUCCUAUUGGUUCAAGCCAGUGCCCAGAACUCAAAGCACUGUUCCACUUCCGCAUGGAAGACAUUUCAAGUGCCCGAUUUAGGGGUAGCCCCUGAAUCUACCCCUCCCCAAGCAGUCUGCAGGGCUUUCUAAUACAGUGGCCCACUAAGGACAAGGGCGAUACCCUAUUAACGGAUAGGAACAUUGAGUCAGGACUCUUAAAUUAAUAUUCAAGCAAUUGCCCAGAAUACAAAGCACUGUUCCAUUUCCACAUGGAAGACUUUUCAGGUCCCGUAUUCAGAGGUAGCCCUUGAAUCUACCCCACCGCAAACAGUCUGCAGGGCUUUCUAAUACAGUGGCCCACUAAGCACAAUGGCAAUACCCUAUUAAUGGAUAGGAUCACUGGGUCAUCACUCUUAAAAUAAUAUAAUGCAUUAGACCACAGAGUUUUAAGAUUCAUAUGCCACACACCAAGGCUCGAGUGCUCAUGCAACCUCCACUCAGUAAGGGAGCUAUGCCAUUCUCGUCAGUUUUAGGGAAUAUUCUGGACACGCACCAGGAAAUUCUUCUGGUGCAUGUGGGAAUAUUAUCUGUCACUGAACUAAAAUUGGGCUGCCCUUGUUUGUAUGGAGCUCUGUGUGCUGGAUCAGCUUAAUAGCAUGAGAUGAAAUAAAUGUUGCUAGUUCAUGUAGGUUAGACAUCAACUCCAAGGACUUUCAACUCAGAUCAAAUCCAAUCUUGUAUUUUCUGUAUAUUGUAGAACAAUCAAAACACAUUACUACCUCUCAGGGUCUUCUAUACCUCAUUUUUCAGGCUAAAAAACUGGUUUGUGGCCAUUGAAACAGAGAGAACAUCAUAAAAUUUUAUAUAUAUAGUUUAUUUUUGUGGGAGAUAAAUUUUAUAGGACUGUUCUUUGCUGUCAUUGGUCACUGCUAAAUGAGACUGGACACUAACUUUCCUGUCAUUUCUGCAAGACAGAUAUGCUUGCAGAGGAAAGAUAUCAAAAUGUAUAACUGCAGUUUACUUUUUUCCUGCUUCCUUUGCCUGUAUCCUAGCUCUUUGCUUUGUUAUUCAUAUAGAGUUGCUGUCUAUGAUUGUACUUUGAAUUGCUUGCUUGUUGAACAUGUUCCUUUAAUGGAUUAUCACCUUCUGUUCAGCGCGAUAAACAUAAUAGCCUCUGUAACCCCCCA